CUGGGUGAUCGCGAGGCGGGACGGAGCGCGCCAACUUUCUCCUCCCACUUGUUGAUAUACGCGUCUGGAACUGCUUCAUCUCUGUCUGCCUCUCUCUUUCUCUCUUGCCUUUUAUAUAUCCCCCUUUUCUUAUCCUCCUGCUUUGGGCGAAGUAGAACAUUCAAAUAGCCAUCAGGAGGUUCAUCUCUGUCUACGGUAAACAACUCGACAGAUUUGUUUUCCUCUUGAGUAUCAACCGAGCCUUCAAAGACUUCGACUGUCUCCAGGACAAGUGGGUCGCCUUGAAAAAUAAAGUUGUGAACUUGGCUCCGUUGUUGUGCAUUCAUGGAGGCUGCUAUGAACGAGUGACACGGAAACUUUACAGUGAGAGGACACUGACAAAAAUUAAUAUUUCUCAGUUGAUAAAGCAACAAUAUGACCCCCUUUUUCAAGAGAUCCCAUUCUGGACUGUAAGGAAUGCACGCGUUCAACAGAAAAUGCACUGCACGCGGAUGGAAAGCUUCAUCUGACAAGGUACUGGAAGCGUGAACGCUGCUCUUCAACGACUUACGAUCAUUUGUGAAUGAAGCCAUGGAAAGCUGCCACGAAAAUACGUCCGAUAGUGCAACUCAAUAUCCGUUUGCUGCGUCAGCGAAAUAAUGAUGACGAACGGGAACUGAAAACGCCCAUGGAAUCAAAUUAAACGUAUUGGUUCAAGGUCAAUCGUCAUAAUGAAGUGCUAAAUCCGAAUAGUAUAAAAAAAAAUUGAGUAUUUGACCCAAAGUGAGAGCCUUGAAAUUCCUCCUAGUGACCCGACUAAUGCGUUUGUUUAGGGACGUCGAUUAUGCUAAAUAGAAGACAACUGUUAAGUCUUAAUUACUAAAUCGAUAUCUACAUUAUUGGCUGGAAAUUUAUUCAUAGGUCACCAGGUGUAAAGCCCAAAAAAAUUAGGGCAGCACGCUGGAACUUUCAAAAUUGAUGUGUACAUAAAAAUUUCAUGGAUAUGGGAGAAAUAGAUCACUGAAACCAAGUGAAAAACGAAAGCCAUAACUUGCACGAAGGGCAUUUGUGUAAAUCUUAACGUUAACAAGAAAGUAAAAUGAAUAUGAGAGUGGCACAUAAAAUCAAAUAAAAUGGUAUAACAAAAAUAACAUUAAUUCUCUAAAGCAAGCUUAAUACGAUAGAAUUCAACUGCAUGAACCACAACAGGAAAACGGGAAGAAAUAAGUGAAAAAUUAAUCGCAAUCUAGACAGGGAUUACGACCACUUUAGAAAACAAAUGAUCAGCGAAUUUUGACAUUUCAGUGCAAUGAAAGCAUAUACCAUUAUUAACAUAUUUAGAUGACAGAGUGCUUCCGUUCUCAGUGACGUCGAAGUAAGGGUUGGAAUACCCAGCAAUGCCAAGAAACAUUUCACUGGAAACAACUGGUAUUUGACUGUCUCGUGUUCAUAGACUCUGAACGUUGUUUUGCUCACAGGCCUACCAACGACUGAGACACUAACAGUUCUCCCGUUUUGGAAUAAAUAAAAAUGACAUGACUUCUGUCAAAUCUCCAUAAACAAAUCAAGAUACAUAACCUGACAGAAAACUGAACGGAAGUUUAGUUGAUCAUACUGACUGAAAAGAAAAGACAACGAGCGAAGUUGUCCACAUACAAAAAGCCGUCGGCUUCAUAUUGUCCUGAUUUCUAGUGAGUAGCGAGGGCCUACCGCCGCCAUGGACGAGAAGGUCGCUUCCUACACGGGAGGCUUGCACGUCUUCAAGGGCUACCUGAAGGAGAAAUGGGGCACGAUCAAAGAGCAGGGCGCCGCCGGGACCAUCCACGAGCUGAAGGAGAAGACCAGCUCCAAAGUGGACGACCUCAAGGAGAGGGCCAUCAUCAACAUGAACCAGGGGGAGGGAGAUGAUUACUCCCAUAUAUAUAGACGCAAAUCCCGGAUGGAGAUGGUGAGGAUCUCGGCCGCCGUGAUGGGCAUCGAGUUCUGCUACGCGGCCGAGACGGCCUUCGUCUCCCCGACGCUGCUCAAGAUCGGCGUCAAGCACAGACACAUGACGCUCAUCUGGUGCCUGAGCCCUUUCAUCGGCUUCUUCCUGACGCCCGUCCUGGGCUCCCUCUCUGACAACUGCAGGUCGAAGCUGGGAAGAAGGAGGCCCUUCAUCAUCCUGCUCUCGAUCGGCAUCCUGCUCGGUCUCGUCCUGGUGCCCAACGGCAAGAGCAUUGGCAUAAGCUUGGGUGACGACUGGCCACCUAAACCUGCACCAACUUCAUCAUCGCCAGCGCUCACCACCGAACAGGUGAGUGAACUUAUCGGGGCAACGGAGCCAGGUAUGCUCAACGCUACUACAAUCACCUCGGUCGUCAACUCUCUCCCAGAUAACUACACGCUUAACCUCAACGAAACAGAUAUAGCAGACGAUACCCAAGUACCCACCGAAACGUACCAUUCCCAUCGAUGGGGCAUCUUCUUCACCAUCGUGGGAACAAUGUUGUUGGACUUCGACGCUGAUGCUUGUCAGAGUCCUUCCAGGGCCUAUCUUCUAGAUGUUACCGUUCCAGAAGACCACGCCGUCGGCCUCUCCACCUUCACCAUCAUGGCUGGCCUGGGAGGCGGUUUUGGGUAUGCCAUGGGGGGAAUCAACUGGAACGCCACGAUCAUCGGGUGGCUCUUAGGAGGUCAGGUCAGGGCUGUCUUCACCUUAGUGACCAUCAUCUUCAUCGGGUGUGUCUUCAGCACCCUCUACUCGUUCAAGGAAAUUCCUCUGGACAUCUUGGAGAAAUCAACGAAGGCCGAAUUGCGGAAGGGAAUGUCCAUGGAACAGCAGAGUCUCGACCCCCACGGAGCGGAGGACGGCAAAGGUGGAUAUGGCACUAUGGACCCGAAUCCCCCUCCCCGGCCCUCUUCCCUUCCCAUUGCGCAGAAUGGUCACAGCGUCGAAACUGGGACAGAACCUGAUGGGUACGGUGACUACCAUGGAGAAAAACCUAUGGAUCAAACUGAUAAUGAGGAAACCUCUUUCAAUGAACAGGAACCAAAACAAGUGCCAGGAGAAGACGGCGAGGUCCCAGCGACGGAACAAGCCGCUGUCCCAGAUGCCACUCUGAGGCAAUACCUGCUGUCGAUCGUUUACAUGCCCAAGUCCCUAAGGAUACUGUGCUUGACGAACCUCUUCUGCUGGAGUUCCCUCGUCUGUUACUCUCUCUACUUCACGGACUUCGUCGGGGAGGCCGUCUUUGGUGGUGACCCUGGGGCUCCCGACGGUACGGCAAAGAAGGACCUGUACGAAGAGGGCGUCAGAUUCGGGUGCUGGGGCAUGGCCCUCUACUCCCUCUCCUGUUCGGUGUAUUCCUUCCUCAUUGAGAAACUCGUCAAGACCUUUGGAGCCAAGCCCGUGUACGUGUGUGGUCAGCUGGUGUACAGCGUGGGCAUGAUUUUUAUGGCCUCUCUUCGACAUAAAGCUGCUGUCAUCAUCUUCUCGUGCUGUGCUGGUGUCAUGUACUCGACCCUCUUCACUAUGCCCUACCUGCUAGUGGCUCACUACCACGCCUCCGGAAUGAUCAAGUGUGAGGAUGUUUGGUUGGUCACCAAGAUCCGUCAACUUUGGGCAAUUUGCUGUGGAUUCAAAUCUGAGUUGUCGGAAGGACAUGCCGUGUUGGCGGACGGACCAGAUUCCCAAGUGAGAGGAUUGGGCACAGACGUGGCCAUCGUCUCUUCCAUGGUUUUCCUGGCCCAGUUCAUUCUCUCUUCUUGCAUGGGAUCCAUUAUAGCAGCCGUCGGAUCUACCACAGCCGUUGUUUGUGCGGCCAGUGUCUUGGCCGCUUGCGGUGCUGUUACUGCCACUCAAGUUGUUUACCUCAACCUAUAAGUCUGUUUUCUUUACUUAUUUUUAGUUCAAUCAACUCAUCAAAUAAAUGGUUAAGAUGAAAUUUAACAGUAAAUAAAAAUGGGCAAAUAAACAAUUGAAAGGGUAAAAAUGUAACCAAAGUAAAUCCAUGAUGGACGCCUUCUAAAUUACUAUUGUUACCCAUGAAAAGUUGAGUCAUUUUCUUUUUUCCAAUAGAUGUUGUGGCUGUAAAGAAAACGUAAAUUUAUUUAUGGGGGACUAAUCUAGUUUUUAUUCAAUUGUGGCAGGAACUUAGCUUAGGAGUACGAAACAAGCUUAUAGAAUUAAUUUAGUCAGGUAAGUAUUCAUGAAAAUGUAGUAAUUUAGGACGCUGAAGAAGAAGAAAUGCAUCAUCUUCAAAUAUUCCGAUGUACUGAAUGUUCAUAGUAGCUUUAAGAUUACAAUAAGUAAUUUUAGCGGUACAGGUAUAUGUGAGUUCAUGGAAAAUGUAUGCUGCUGACAUUAGAAUAGGACACUUUUCUUCUUACAAAAAGCGAUAUUUGUGUGUGUGUGUGACUCUGUGUAUAAAUGGAGUAUUGCUUCGACGUGCCAUGUGUUUCUUUACUGACUAAGCAAUUCGUGUACUUGAUAACAGGGCCAGUUCUUGGAAGGAGCUGAACCCUGUGCCUCAAUAGACGAAGAAAAUAACUGCUUUUUAGGCUAAAAUAGAGUUUUGGCUAUUCACGGGAAAUUCUGUUACGUAGGCUAAACGCUGUGAGGCUUAGUUCGCCCGUCCUGGAAUCAUUUUGUAAUGUUGCCGGUAUCGAGAGUAUUACAGAAGGUUUACUAUUUCUUCCGGAUCGGGACAAAUCAUCUAACCUCCGAAAAUUAACAAAAACCUUUGUGUAAUAUUACAGUUUCGUUUACCUCUGGAUAAGAGUUUACUUCAUAAAGGGCGAGACAAUCAGAAAAGGGGGCGUAUAUUACUGGCUAAUAUAGAUUGCGGUGUAUGGGCAACAGAAGCACACGAACAUAUAUGGAGCUCAAGGCUUUGAAGCGUAUCCAAAAAAGAGCAAAGAAUUUGAGAGGUUAAGAGGGCAUUGUGGCUAUUACAAUUUCCAUAUAUACAAAAACUAGAGUAAUGCAGACAUACACAAAUUGCAUCAUGCCGUUGGAUAUAAGCCUAUGGAAUAUAAGUGUGGCAUAGCAUGGAGCUAGCACCUCGCUCGAAGAGACUUGAUGAAGGGUAUACUGUUCUUUUUUAAUAAAUUGUGUCUUUUUUGAGCGAGAUAUCAUGCAUACUGGUAUCAAGCAGACAUGUACAAAUAUGCCUAUUCUGAGGAUGGAACAAGUAAAAUUUGCGACCAAGUAUAAGAAAAGAAAGUCAAAUAAAAAUGGCGCCUUAUGCAAUGUUUCUCGCAACUUAUAAUACUACUGAUAUGAAGGGUAAGGUUCUGAGCCCAUAAAAAAAAAGCCCUUGCAAUCUCAGCCAGAAUGCGGAGAAAAUACACCUAAUCAUUUACCUAAUAUGACAAAUUUAUGACAUCGCACGAUCUUUAAAAGCAUAGGUAAUAAUCAUCCAUUGGUCAUUCAUGUCAUAAACGUGUUUCUUUCCAGGUCCCUAGUCACCGAAAACAAACAUAGAACCUAACAGCUAUUUAAAAUCGAAAACGUAACCGAUACGCUGUCCUUACUUUUUCUUAACAAAAAAGCGCUUAUCAGUAAAUUUUAUCGGCCACAAAUCUCACGAUAAAAACCCCAACUGUCAGAAAUGCAAUCAUUAAAGAUGUUUUGUAUAUUUUUCUUUCCAUUUUUACCACUUCAUUUCGUCAGCUGUGGUGCGCUUGUAUGUUGAAGAUGUUGUAGUGAAAAUAAUGAAUGUGUUUUACUGUAGAGAAAACUAUCCUAAUAAAGUUGUUAUUAAUUG